UCACAGCUGACCGAUAGCCGUGGACUUCUAUAAAAACUGCCCGGCUACCGACGCCGCUUUAUCCACUUCAGACAGUGAAACUUACGUGCCUUGGUUCUCAGUUGAUCAACUGCGUCUGUAAAACAGUCAUCAUGAAGGCGUUCAUCGUUAUCGCUCUGCUGUGCCUGGGAGGUGCCCAGGCCGGUCUGCUGGACGAUCUGGCCGCCGCCACCACAGCCGCCCUGGACGGCAUCCUCACCACUGCCCAGACAGCCGCGCAAGAACUGCUGGACACCUACGUGCCCGUCCUCGGCCAGGCCGCCCAGCAGCUGGUAGGAGAAGCGGUCCAAAACCUGGGAGAUUCUCUGACCGGCCUGGUCAGCGGCAAGAGGAAGCGCCAGGAGUUCCAGACUGAGAUCGGGUCGAUCAUCCACGACGGUAUCAUGGGCCUCCUCGAGCACACCACCACCGCCAUCCAGAACGUCCAGACCGCUCUGACCGGCACCAUCGACACGCUGUUCGGCACCACCACUACCGACCCCGUCGACGCUCUGGCCACCACCAAGCGUUUCCUGAUCAAGAACCAGGCCAAGGCCAAGAUGGCUAACACCAUGACCAGCCGCAAGGCGGGCCUGAAGCUGUCCCGUGACUUCUUCUCCGACCUCGCUGCCGGCGUGUCCACCAUCUUCCAGCCCGUCCUUGACUCGGCUGCUCUGGCUUUCAACCAGCUCGUCGAUGCCGCCACUGCUGUGGGUUCCCAGGUGGUCCAACAUGGCCAGACCUUCAUUGACAACGUCACCGCCACAGUCCAGCAGACCUUGGAUGCGGCCAGUGUAGCUGCCGCCCCCCUCAUCACGGAUGCACAAACUAUCAUUGGUUCCGUCACCAACCACUUCCAGGAGACCUUCGGGGCCGACACCACCGCCUAAACACGCAGGGAACACUGCAGGCACGCGGAAAGCCUGCACGGAAAAGUGUCCAGGCAAGAAUAAAUAAAAUAAACCACGAGCAAAGAUA